AGCGCCGCAGUCGCCAAUGGCGGCCUCGGGGAAGGUGGCUAGUUUCCGCCUGCCGGUCCUUCCGACCAUUGGAGAGAUUAUUAAACUGUUUAAUCUCAAAGCUGCGAAGCAACUGUCUCAGAACUUUCUGUUGGAUCUGCGCCUCUCAGAUAAGAUAGUAAGGACUGCUGGCAAUCUGAAAGAUGCAUACGUGUGUGAAGUAGGCCCUGGGCCAGGAGGAAUCAGUAGAUCCAUCUUAAAUUCUGGUAUUACAGAAUUGUUAUUAAUUGAGAAAGAUUCUCGUUUUAUUCCAGGACUCCAGAUGCUUUCUGAAGCAGCUCCAGGAAAAGUUCGUAUUGUUAAUGAGGAUAUUUUAAUGUAUACAUUCAGUGAAGCUUUUCCAAAACAUCUUUCAAAGAACUGGGAAGAUGAUCCUCCAGACAUACAUAUUAUUGGAAACCUCCCUUUCAGUAUUUCAACCCCACUAAUAAUCAAGUGGCUUGAGAAUAUAUCUAAUAAAGAUGGGCCUUUUAGUUAUGGUAGGACACAGAUGACUUUAACCUUUCAGAAAGAAGUUGCAGAGAGACUGACAGCUAGUACAACAUCCAAACAGCGAAGCAGGCUUUCCAUAAUGUCUCAGCACCUGUGCACUGUUAACAAACGUUUCACAAUUCCAGGUGGAGCUUUUGUUCCCAAGCCAGAGGUAGAUGUGACUGUUGUCCAUUUUAUACCACUAGUGGAGCCAAAGAUAAAACAGCCAUUUAAGCUGGUGGAAAAAGUUGUUCAAAGUAUUUUUCAAUUCAGAAGAAAAUUCUGCCAUCACGGUGUACGGACUUUGUUUCCAGAACCUGACAGCCUUGACAAAACUAAACAGAUGCUCAUGGAGGCAGAUGUUGACCCAAUGCUAUAUCCAACUCAACUGUCCAUGUUUCAGUUUAAAAACCUUUGUAAUAUCUACAGGAAAAUGUGUGAUGAAGAUCCAGAUCUUUUUGCAUACAACUACAGAGAUGAACUGAAAAAGAAAAGGAGAGACAACUUCAAAAGGGCCAAGAAAGAUUACUAGUUUCUUUCUAUAAUUAGGCAGUCACAAAAUCUAACAGGUUUUUGAAUUAGAUUGAAAUAAAUUUGACUUUGAAUAUAUUCUUAAGCCUUAAGCCAAUUUAUAUGUGAAAUUUAAAAAGGAGAAUAGGGAUAAUUUUUCUCAAAACUCAAGUGAUACUACUUUCCUCAUCUUCUUCUAAGUGCAAUCAUAUGCCAAGAAGGCCAAAUGUAAAAUAAUUGAAAAAUUCAUUAAAAAGUGGCCAAAAAAGAAAA